UGACGCGCUUCAAGUGAUCAACUUGAGCAGCUCAAACAUGGCGCACUUCACUUACGGCAGACUUUUGUCUUUCAUGAGCACACACGCCAACAAAUCGUUGGUUGUACGAGCUGCACCACAAAAAAAAGCCGCGUUCGCCUGCUAUUUACACUUUAUACGCUGGCACAGGUCGCCAGAUGCUGAGGCCUUGGCGGAGCGUCGGAAGCGGCAGAUGGCUCGGGGCCUCCCCGAGCGGAAGGCCAUCGCCGGGGUCCGCCGGGUGCUGCUGGUGGCUUCCGGGAAAGGCGGCGUGGGAAAGUCCACUACUGCGGUCAACCUGGCGCUGGCAUUGAUGGCCAACCAGCCGUCCAAGUCGGUGGGUCUGCUGGACGCCGACGUCUAUGGGCCGUCUGUUCCCAAGAUGAUGAACCUGAAGGGAAACCCACAGCUCACUGACAACAAUCGCAUGCUCCCGCUGACCAACUACGGUGUUCCUUGCAUGUCGAUGGGAUUCCUGGUGGACGAGGAUGCCCCCAUCGUGUGGAGGGGCCUCAUGGUCAUGUCGGCUCUAGACAAGCUGCUCAGACAGGUGGAGUGGGGCUCUCUGGACUAUCUGGUGAUUGACAUGCCUCCCGGGACAGGUGACGUACAGCUGACCAUCACGCAGAGCAUCCCCAUAGCAGGCGCUGUGAUUGUGUCGACGCCACAGGAUGUGGCCCUGCUGGAUGCCCGCAGAGGAGCCCAGAUGUUUCGCAAAGUCAACGUGCCGGUUCUGGGCCUGGUACAGAACAUGAGCACAUUCGAGUGCCCUAGGUGCCACCAGCGGACGGCCAUCUUUGGCUCGGACGGCGCCCGGCAGCUGGCCGACUCGCUGGGAGUCGCUUUAUUAGGUGACAUUCCUCUACAUGUCCACAUCCGACAGACGGCCGACAGAGGGGAGCCUGUCGUCGUGUCCUCGCCUGGCAGCCCCGAGGCGCUGUCCUACUUGAAGCUGGCGAGCGCUGUCGUUCAGAGGCUGGAGGAGAUCGCCGCUUGACGACAGACAACCAUCCCACUACUUUGGUUUCAUCUCCACAGGUCCAAAUAUUGCUGCAGCCUUUCACCUGUGACAAUGCUGAGCCAUUGCGAGCGUUUUUUUUGUUGCCGGCCACUGCCUAAAGCAAUUGCCAAAGUCUUUUUUGAGGGUUUUCGAUUCAAAACGGCGACGUGAAUGCCCCUUAUUGUGUCGUACUUAAAAAAAAAAAAAAGCCCAUAUCUUGUUAA